AUGGCUUCGUACCAAAAUGCUUUCCCGACCAGCGACCCUGGCUUUCAUCCCCCCUAUUUCCGCCCGAUACAACAACCAGGAACUCCUUUACAAGAGAACCCCCAAGUCGAUCCCCUCCAAGCUGCUCUAGAUGAUCUGCGCAGCAUGUGGAACACAAUGCAAAAAGUGCACAACUUCCUGGCCCACCAUCGGUGUUCCCAGGUACUUAGGAAGGUGGCCUGGUUAGAGCGUGAACUCGGAUUCGCACGCGAAAUCAACAACACACUUGGACGCAAAAUCGAAAAGCUUUGUUCUGAAAGGGACCAUUCCCGAAAUAAAGCUGCCAAACACCUCACCCCCACGAACAACGCUGCUGGCGCUGAACCUACAUUCGCUACGCGCAUUGAGGAGCUUCAGAGAGAGGAGCAGGGGUCAGAGGGUAACGCCGGAAACCUUGCAUCAGUUGGAGGCCGAGUCGAUGGCUUACGAGAGCCGACAGAGUCUUUCUACGGAAAUCCUCAAGAACAGUUGCAGUCAUCAACAUCCGAUGAGCGGCGGAAACUUCCCGAGAGUGCGUCUACCGAGAUCUGCGGAGAGGAUCAGCCACCCAGACAACUAAGAGCAGGCAAUAAACUGGGGCGGAGUUAG